AUGCCGUUAGAGAGCGAGAAGGCAUUAACUCCGAAAGAAGCCCGGAGCUCCUCGACGGUCAUUGGGGGCCCCAACCAACUCAGCCCUUCGCCGGAUGAACGGGCACCCCCUUCUAGUGCAGCAGCAAAUGCUGCGGCAAUAUCCCCUGCAGGGGCUGCUGUUUCAGCCGAUGGAGAUGACCUGCUAAGGCGCAUGCAGUCUGUUCUAGAUGAGGAUGAUAGCGUGGACAUGCUGAUGCCUUCGCUUCCCACCGUCCCCGUGCUGCCCACUACCAGCAACUCUGGGACCUCGCGCGAGUCACCUCCUGGAGCACAAGCCUUUGAGGCUUCUGGAACCGUUUCUGGUCUGUUGGGAUGCACAGGUCUCACCAGAGGAGGCACAAGUUUGGACGAGUCAGCAGCUGCAGAUGUACCAGACGUGAGAUCCCGAAACCUAGGGCUAGGUCUUGCUGCCUUACACAAGCUGCAACAACAGCAGCGCCUGGCACAGGAACUGCAACAGCAGCAGAAUAAGAAGCAACAACGGCAACAACAACCGAAACUGGCGGAUUUUGUUGCAAACCCGGAUACCCACGUUGGUCAGACGAGCGAGCACCUGACUUCACAGCAGAGUGUGCAACAGCAGGAACAGCCUAACAUAAUUUCAACCUCUCUGCAUUCUACGGAGCCUUUUGAGGACACCGGAGAAGCCUCCAUAAUCAACAGUGACGGGUCCAAUCAUGCGCAGGCGCAACUUAAGGUUGAACAGGAACCACAGCAGCAGAAACAGCAGGGACUGCAGCUGCAGCAAAAGGUGGAGCCGGGAAGUCUACCCCAGGGGAUUGUCUAUCCCCAGUUGUCGGAGCCUUCUACGGAUUCUGCAACAGCUAAUGUUGGGGCAACAGUCGAUGCAGAGACAGCAGUAGCAGCACCCACAGCUCUUGCAACAGCGGCUGAAGCCGAGGACCCAACGGAUAUGGAGAUUGACGAAGUGAGGGCGCCCGUAGGUGCCGCAGCAGCGUCAACAGUAGCGAAGGCGACACCAGCAAUUGCAGCGACGGAGAAGCAGAGCACCAAGGAGUCACUUGAUGCUUGCUGCGCUGGAGUUGCAGCAACAGCUGUAGCUGCAGCAUCACGUGCCGGCAUACGUACUACCACCACUGCGGAGCAGUUGAUGCUGUCUGCGGUACCGGAUAGGCAAGAGCGUUGGCAGUGGGACAUUCUUUCUUUUGCUGGUGUUGGCAGUUGCCACGCGAAAAAAGCAGGAGCUGCAGCAAGAGGCUCAGCAGCGGCAACUGCAGGUCCACAGGAAGUAGCCGCUUCAGUAGAAUUAGCAACGGCAACCACGGAUGCACGGAUAGCCUCUGAGUUGCCAUCAGCAGUAGAUGGGAGCUUGGUGCGCAGCGGAGUCACCGCCGCCCUCCCUGUUGCGGCUGCUGCUACUGUUGCUUGUUUACCUCCGCCUACGCCGGAAGAGGAGGUAGCGCUGAUGGCUGCAGGGGGUGUACACGGCCCUGAAGAGGCAGUAGUAGUUGCGGAAGCGGAAGCAAUGGGGGAGUUUGUACAGACUUUGCAGCAGCAGUUGCGGCAGCUGCAGCAGCCUCAGCAGUCGCAGCAGCAUCCACAGGGGCUUGAGGACACCCGCCCUGCUGCUGUCGAGGCCCUGGGAAGAAUAGAGGAGAGGCUGCGCCUGGCAUUGGAGGCAGUCGAUGCGGAUGUGGCAGCACUGCAGCGAGAGGCCGCAGCAACAGCAGCAGCGACGGUUGCGUUUGCCCCCGACGGUGCUGACGACCCUGGGCAACAGCAGCAGCAGCAACAGCAACUACAGCAGCAACAACAAGAAGAACAACAACAAGAACAACGACAACAAGAAGAAGAACAACAACAACAAGAGCAACAACAACAGCGCGAGAUAGAGGCGUCCCACGGCGACGAAGUGGAAAUGGAAGAUGAGGAGGGAUUCAAGGGUGUGGACACGUUAGAGGGCACCAAUGUAGCAGCAGCAGGGGGCUCAGUGGCGUGCGGACCAGCAGUCUGGUCUCACCCCUGUAGAGCUUUGCUGCGGGCGGCGCUGCAGUCAGCCGGGCGGCAGCUGCCCAGGGGCAAAAGGAGGGGAGCCCGCGGUGCCCCCCGGGAAUGGGGGGAAGCACAGCGACAUCGGCCGCCGUUAGACGUGUUGUGCCUUGCUGCUUCUCAGACCAAGGCAGAAUGCAGCCUCACCCCAGAAGAGGCUGCUGCUGCGGCGGCGGCGGCAGCUGCAAUUGCAGCGACAGCUGCAGCGAACGGGUCCGAGGCGGCAGCUGCCGCCGCCGCAGCAGCAGAGGCGUUGCUUCCAGUGGGUGUAGCAGCCACAGCAAGUGAAGGGGUCAGGAGAGUUCCCUGGCUACCCGCUGAGGGCCCCAUGUUUGAUAGUUUGGCCGCAGCAAACCAGUCGCAGGCAUUUGCUGCUGGGCUUCCGCUGCUGCGGGAGAUAUGCCGCGUUGCCACUGUGGAGCUGCGCGUCCCGCAGCCUGCUGCCGUCGCUGCUGCUGCUGCUGCCGCUUCACCGGCUUUCGUUCCUGCUGCUGGUGAGCCCAUUGGUAUUGCCGGCCUGCGGCGACUUGGGCUACCUGGAGAGCAUCAGCUGCAUCGGAGAGGCCCAAUGUGGGUGCCGCCUGCCCCCGCAGAGGAUGAGGAGGAGGGUUGCUCUUCCCGUUCUACUGCUGCUACUUCUGUAUCUGCUGCAUGCAACGAGCAGCUUGUGCUCUUCCUAAGGCGAGACCUCUUCCCGAACGAGCUCCUGCAGCAAUUGCAGCAGCAGCCAGUGUGCUGCAAGGCGCAGUUGCUGCUGCCACCUGGAUAUGAAAAGGGGAUCAAACACCAGAGCACACCUACAACGAACGACGGGGGCACCCAGGGACCGCUUUAUCCUAUAUUGAGGCUGCGGAGGCUUUGUGGACGCCGGUCGACGUCUACUUUCGACCCAGCUGCGACAAGAUCAACGGAAGAAACGGCAGAAGCUGUCCCUGGGCAAACAACAACUGCAGCAGGGGAAGCAGCCGAUACAGCAACAGCAGCAGCUGCGCUGAGUUCAGAUGAUCUGAAUGGGGUUCCAAAGGGGAACACUGGGUCUCCUUUGACAGUGGAUGACGCGCUAAAGUUCAUCACCCAGCAGCAGCAGCGGCAGCAGCAUGCACUCGAGCAUCUGCUGCAGCAGCUAAAGAGUUUGUGCCGAGGAAUAUCAAUGCAGCAGCUCGUCCUGCUGGCGUCUGCUGUAGAUUCCGUAAGCGCAGAAGAUGCAGCAGCUGCAGCAACAGCAGUUGGGGACCCCGAUACUGCUGUGUUCUCAGAUAAGAACAAUCAGGUAGACACCCCAGUGGGGUCAGCAACAGCAGCUACGGCCGAUGGUGGAAAUGAGCAACAGCAGGAGCAGCAGCAACAACAGCUCACGCGGCUCCAGAAACUGCAUGAGUGGCUGUCUGUGUUUCCACGUUACGGGGUUCCUGCGGGACGUGCAGUGGCGCUGCUGGCGGCGGCAGGCGAGCAGCAGCAGCAACAGCAGCAGCCUGAGGGGGCGCCGGUAGACAUUCAGCUAACCUUCAGCAGCCUCAUGCCGUACCCGGACGAGGAUCCUGGAGUUGUUGUUGCAUUCGCGUUUCCAUAUAAGCGAGGUCCCCAGGAGCAACCGUGGACAUGGGACCUGCGGCUGUUGGAGGGGGGCCUACGUGGCCCACAAGGGGUCCCUGAAUGCCCCCACAGCCUGCGAAAAGUGCAGCAGCAAAUAUCGCAGAGGCAACAACGGCUCACCUUUCUCCUGCGGCAGCAAAAGAUCGUCUGCAAGGCAAUGUACAAAGCUUGGAGGUGCUGGCGUCGUCAGCUGGAGAGGCGGCGGCUGUUGCUGGGCGAUGCCUUUGGUUGGGGGGUGCUUCCGGUACGGGCCUUAGACCACCCGUCGCUUUUGAUGGCGCUGCCUGCGGGCUUCCGCCAGGGCAGCCCGAAGGAGCCCUACGAGAAACAGAGCCAGCGGGAGCAUGCUGAAGAGGCCAGUGCUGCUGCUAGUGACCGCAACAACCCAAGGCGGCAACAAGACGCUUCUGGUCGGUGGAGGCCACAGAGACACACAUACACACAUACGUACACGUACACGCACAUACGUUGGACAACGUUGUAG